AUGACUUCAUUUAUGCUGGCAACUAACUGCCCUGACGAGCUCUGCUGCGCACUUUGUUUGGAUUCCUGGAAAAAACCCGUGGAGUUGCAACCGUGUGGUCACAUUUUUUGCCAAGAGUGCAUUGGAGCCCCAAGGGUGUGUCCCGUGUGCCGUGCCCCUGUAAAUUGCACAAAGCAGCCGCACAGGAGCCUAGUGAACCUCGCGCAAAACCUGCCUGUGCGCUGUUCGUCGUGCGGUUGGACCGGCAGACGUGAAGGAAGUGAUUCACACACUUGCCCCACUGCCAGUUGGUCGGGCAGUACCGAAGCGCCAUCUACAACGAAUGCGCAGUCUACAUGUCAAGGGUCGAGACAACAAUCUGUUGCAGAUACGCCGUGGCUUCGGUACGGCCUCACGCAAGAGGAAUACGACUCCAUCGUAGCAUUGUUUGUCUUCUUUGAUAGCGAUGAGAGCGGGCAUCUGUGUCGUGAAGAGAUGGGGCGCCUUGCCAGGUGGUUGAACUUCGCUAGGACUGACGAUGACAUCGACCGAAUGUUUCGCGAGAUGGAUGAAGACGGAACUGGUACGCUGUGUCUUGAAGAAUUUCUUUCAUGGUUAAGCAAAAACCGUCCCGAUCCUAGUGUGCUCUAUGGAAUGUCUCAACAGCAGUAUAACUGUGUGAUGAUGCAGUUUCGCCUGUAUGACAGGGACAGGGACGGUUUUCUGGAUGCAGAUGACUUUUCCAAGCUGGCGGUCAGAAUCGGUGACGUCCCAGAUAUCGAAUCGGGAAUGCAGCUCUUCAGGAGCAUCACGACUGGACACUGUGAGAAGAUUGGUCUCCAUCAAUUUCUGCUUUACUGUGUUGGAAGGAUGUUCCGAUAG